CAUUCACAGCAACACCCAGUCUUCUUGGACCCUUCGAUCCAAAAGAGGGUCCUCCCUCUUGAUCUUCUCUCUUAUCCUCUAUCCUUCUCUGUAGGAAUCUGGACACAGUCAUUCUUUAGACCUUUCCUUUCUUUUUUUAUCUCUCUCCCUCUAUAAAUCUUUUAGAUUAUAUUCUUAUAUUCUUAAUUUAGAAAUCUAGAUUAGUACAGCAAAAAAACUGCAAUUAACUCUUAUUUUUUUGUUGUAAAUAAUUAAAUUAAAUUUAUCAAAAACCAUGACAUCAGUCAUCAACAUCGACGGUCACCAAUUACUUCACUCCCUUCAAGAUCAGGGUGAAAUGGAGAGUAAAGUGGAGAGUAGCGAAAGGGCAUGUGGGAAUCAUGGUGGGAUUUGUGCUAUAUGCUUGGAUAAGAUUGUGCUUCAGGAAACUGCUCUUGUUAAAGGUUGCGAGCAUGCGUACUGUGUGACGUGCAUCCUUAGAUGGUCCACGUACACUAAGAAUCCAACUUGUCCUCAGUGCAAACAUCCAUUUGAGUUUCUCAAUAUUCACCGUUCUCUUGAUGGCAGCAUCCAGGAUUACAUGUUUGAGGAAAGUGUCUGCCUCCUCCUUCGAGCCUCAUGGUUCAUGACUUUGACUGUGGAGGAUCAUGAAGAUGUUUAUGAAGAUCCAGAGGAUUAUUAUCCAUAUGAAUUUGAGGAUGAGGAUGAUGAUGAUGAUCUAGAUGAAGUGUACCUGAGCAGUUCAUCCAAUCUUCGCAUUGGAAAUCGGAGGUGGGGAGAUAAUGGCUAUGUUAGGGCAGGGCAUCAAGAAGCAAGGCCAGUGUAUCAAGCAGAUUUCAAGGACUCGGGGGCGUGCACCUCACGCGAACCUAAGAAGAAAGAGGCUGCAAAAGAUAGAACCGGGAGACGGGCGAAGAGGACACUCAAGCGUGAAGCUGCUGACAAGGCUGCUGCAUCAAAACAUCAGCAGCAUUUGGCAAGGUUGGGCAGGAAGUGAUUCUCUGUCCAUUUCUGUCUGUUUCUUCAUAAGCCAGAAACAGGGAACCUCUCACUUGUACAGUAUUUCCAUGCUUUAACUCUCUGGAAUAAUGACAUGGUAGUUGGAUAGCGUCUAGGAGAUGGGGGUCCGUGGUUGGUGAUGAAAUAUCAGGUUCAUUGUUCUUUCAAGAUUUAACGCUGUUUGAUUCAACUCACAAUGAAGUUCAUAACUUCAUAUUGCAGUUGCUUUGCUAACACCAUGUAUUUCUUAAACUUGUCAUUGAUUACAAGCUGACUGGGAUUUGCAAUAUUCCAGAGAUU